CUUAGUAGUUGUUAUUACAAUCGCGCAGUCGUCAGUCUGAAAAAAUAUUCUAGUCUUCCUGUUUUAUACAUUGAACAGACAAGAUGGGUAAACCCCGCGGUCUGCGUACGGCGCGUAAACACGUAAACCACCGUCGUGAACAACGAUGGGCGGAUAAAGAUUACAAAAAGGCACAUUUAGGAACAAGAUGGAAGGCUAAUCCAUUUGGUGGUGCUUCCCAUGCUAAAGGAAUUGUUUUAGAAAAAGUAGGAGUUGAAGCCAAACAACCCAACUCAGCUAUUCGAAAGUGCGUGAGGGUACAACUUAUAAAAAAUGGUAAAAAAAUCACGGCCUUCGUACCACGGGAUGGUUGUUUAAACAAUAUCGAAGAAAACGAUGAAGUUUUAGUUGCCGGUUUUGGUCGUAAAGGUCAUGCCGUUGGUGACAUUCCCGGUGUUAGAUUUAAGGUGGUAAAAGUAGCUAACGUAUCUCUCCUUGCCUUGUACAAAGAGAAAAAAGAAAGACCAAGAUCAUAGGUGUAUUUUGUUACAAUUAAUUUAAAAAAAUAAAAAUUGUAAUGAAGUAUUUUGUAUUUAUAUUUAUGAAACAUUAAAUACAGAUAUUUAUUACGCCAA